UCUCUUCCCAUUUGUUCUGAAGAAAAAACUGAAAAUUCGGCCAUCCUCUCUUUCUUCAACCUCUGGCCUCCUUGUUUCCGAGGUGGUCAAGCAACUUCGUCACUGCGACUGAGCUCGCGAAGAACAGAGGAAGCGGAAUUCAGCAAUUUCGGAAUUGAAGAGAAAGCUAACCUCUGAGAUUUUCCAUCCCUUGAGACCUAUUUUUUUUUCCUCCCCCAGCCUCCAGAUCGAUCUAUAUCUUGAGAUUGGUGAAGUUCUGAUGGUGAUGUUCUUCAUGCAUGUUUUUGUUUCUAAUACCACUGUUGCUUUUAAUUUGAAGCUAGCCGUCGUUUGGUGAUUUGUGCUUCUUGUUUUAUUUACUCUCCUUUCUUUUUUCGGUAAUAGUUAAUAAAGAUUCUGCAUCAAGUUUGGAUACGUGAAGUUUCUGUUUCAUAGACUAGUUCCUUGAUCUUAUAGGUAAUUUGUAGAUCGGUUUGUGUGGAAGGCCGGUUUCUUGCUAUUAAUGUCAUGGGGUUCUCGGUUUGCUUCACUUAGGGUUUGAUGGAUUUUUAUCUGCGGGUUCACUUACGUUCUUUCUUCACUUUCUUGCUUAUACUGGGAAUCGGAUUACAUUGCUUAACGUCUGCUAACAUUUGUUUUGCAGCGUGUGUUCUUGUUUUUUCACAUAUAAUGGUUAGGCUUUUAAGGUGCGGUGAUUUUUCCAGGGAGCUAGCUACCAUUGGAUUUUGAGGCUCCUUGUUGGAUUUAGAGUAUGCACUGAAUCUGUCUCCAAUCCCCCACCAUAGUCUGUGUGGACUUCGUGUUUCACUUUCACAAUACCUCUGGUCGGUUCCUCAUGUAUAAGUUGAAGGGUCUUGUUGCCUUUGGGUUCUCCAACACUGCAUAGAGAUAUGUGCUAUUGUUCCGCUGAUUGGAGAGGGAUUUUAGAUACUGGGAAACUAGACUUUCAGGUGCUCGAUCUUUUUGAAUCCGAUUGACGACAAGUGUCAACCCUGAUGAAUGCUAAUGCCGACAGGCACCAUGAGUUAAAAGAACCAAAUCACCACGUACAGGAUAGAAAUGGAAGUGUAAACGAUGGUGUAACUGGCAGGGAACAGAGCCCGCUUGAGGAAAAUGAGUUGAAAGACAAUGGAUUAACUAGAAAUGCAGAAGGUGGACGAAAAUCUGCAAUUCAAGCCCAUGACAUUCUGCAAAUACAACAGCAGCAGCAGCCUCAAGGAUCGAUGGUCUGCUGGGAGAGAUUUCUACAUCUUAGAUCUCUUAAGGUUUUGCUUGUAGAAAAUGAUGACUCCACUCGGCAUCUAGUCACUGCACUGCUUCGUAACUGCAGUUAUGAAGUUAUUGCGGCUGCCAAUGGACUACACGCAUGGAAGUUGCUAGAAGAUCUGAAAAAUCACAUAGAUCUCGUAUUAACAGAAGUGGUCAUGCCUUGCUUAUCUGGCAUCGGUCUUUUAUGCAAGAUUAUGAGCCAUAAAACACGAAAGAAUAUACCCGUAAUCAUGAUGUCUUCUCAUGACUCGAUGGGUUUAGUCUUUAAAUGUUUGUCAAAGGGUGCUGUUGAUUUUUUAGUGAAGCCCAUUCGGAAGAAUGAGCUUAAGAACCUUUGGCAACAUGUUUGGAGAAGAUGUCAUAGUUCUAGCGGUAGUGGAAGUGAAAGUGGCACACAGACUCAAAAAUCUGUGAAGUCGAAAAGUGUUGAAAAAACAAACAACAACUCUGGAAGCAAUGAUGAAGAAGAAGACAAUGAGAGCAUUGGUUUCAAUAUUGGGGAUGGAAGUGACGAUGGCAGUGGUACACAGAGUUCUUGGACCAAGCAAGCUAUAGAAGUUGAAAGCCCUCGACCAGUAUCUGCUUCAGCAUGGGAUCAAAAACGUGAAUGUCCUGAUAGUACCUGUGCUCAAGUUGUCCACUCAAAUGCCGAUGCAUUUACUAAUAAUGUGCUUCCUGUUUUGACAGCAGAGUGCCACCUGCAGAAAAAGCAAUUUGAAACUGUUACCAUGGGUAAGGUGGAAUUAGGCAUGCACAGAAAUCUGGAUUUACAACUUGAACUCUCGACAGAACGUCCAACCAAACAUGUUGGAAGAAAACAGAAUAUUAUGCUUGAGAUAGGGUCCAGUGGAUUUAAUGACCAGUUAAAUAAGGGACAUCUUGAUCUCAACUCUGAAAGCCCAUCCAGCAAGCUUAAUUAUGAACAAACAGCUGUUACUGGUCUUGCUACCGAUCUCACUGAUUCUAAGAUGGAAGUCACGGUGUUUGAGGCAGCAAGCAACCAUCCCAAUAUCACAGACAUUAAGGAUAAAGAUGUUACAGAUUCAGAAGAGUUUCCAUCCCUUGAGCUCGGAUUGAAAAGGCUUAGAGGAGUUCAAACGGCAGGAAAAGCAGUCCAAGAUGAGCGGAAUGUUUUGAGACGCUCAGACUCUUCAGCUUUUUCUAGGUACAAUGCUGCCUCAAAUUCUAACAAGGCUCCAACUGGGAAUGCUGGAAGUAAUUCUCCGCCUGUUAAUGGCUUAGAAGUUACAAACCAAGAGAAUAUGCAAGAUAUCCGAUCUCAUUCAAGUAGUAAUCCUCCCAAUCAGUGCUCAAAUGGAGAUAGCAAUAAUAUUGACAUGGGUUCCACUACUAAUAAUGCAUUUUCAAAAUCCUUUGUUACUAAUAACAAGUCAGCAAUGACAUCAACAGUCAACUGUCUGCACCCGUCAGCAGCUUUCCAAUCUGUUAAAAAUGACACACUAUCUGUUCCUCAGCAAGCUGAUAAUGUCAAUAAUGUGGCAAAUACAACUAUGCAAGCCCAGUCAAAUUGUGUGCACAGCGAAUCUCAAAUUCUGCAACUUUGUCACCCGUAUGAUCCCAAUCAUCAGCUUGUCCACAAUAUUCAACAAGUGUCAUUUGAGCAUAAUGAUUUUUCAUUAAAGAAAAUAUCAGCAGCUGCCACGCAUUGUGGGUCAACCAAUGUGUUAAAUGGGCCUGUGGAAGGUAAUGCAGCAAAUUAUAGUGUGAAUGGGAGCGCCUCGGGCAGUAACCAUGGAAGCAAUGGCCAAAAUGGGAGCAGCACGGCAGUAAAUGCUGGAGGGCUAAAUAUGGAAAGUGAUAAUGGAAUAGGUGGGAAAAGCCGAAGUGGGGAUGCCAGUGGAAGCGGCAGUGGAAACAAAAUGGACGAAAACAGAGUUUCACAAAGGGAAGCUGCCUUGACAAAGUUUCGCCAGAAAAGGAAGGAACGAUGCUUCCGUAAAAAGGUCCGUUACCAAAGCCGAAAAAGAUUAGCAGAACAGAGACCCCGUGUCAGGGGACAAUUUGUGAGACAAAACACAAGCGAAAACACAAGCAAUGGGGGAGAUGGCUAAAGUCAUUGCAUUGUUUUGGUUAAACAAAAGGAAAAAGAUAAAAGGAUUUGGUUUUCCCCUUAACAAGAAAUGUGCAUGUGCAUGUGCAUGUGCAUGUGGGAAAAGAGAUAAAUUAGAGUGUACCAUUUUAGACAGGAAAAUGAUGUUCUUACUUAACAAUUAUUCUAAAUUAGACAGACAAUGCUGAACUUGACUCUGUUGCCAGUGGCUACUGGACUUCUAAUUCGAGAAGGCCUUCUGCCUUUCUGCAUCAGAAAAAACUCUGUUUUAGUUUGCUUGCGUUUGGACACAAUGUGAGUGUAUUAUUCAUUGUCAUA